UGGGGGUUUUGGGGUUUGGGGGGCUUUAGCGGCAUCGCAGGACUUUUUCGCAACUGAGAGCCGAGGAGGAAGUGGCGCUGCCGGCGCCGCCGUCGCUGUCGGCGUCGCUGCCAUCCGUUGCGACUGCGGCGAGGACAUACACAUAAAUAAAAAGUCCUUCAUUCCGUCGCGACCAGCGAGUAACGGCAUAUGAGCGCUCGCAGAGAAAUCGCUAAUCACGAACGGCGGACGACACAAAACCCAAGAAGAACAGGCAGAGGGAAAAAUAGAAAGCAAAAAAUGCAAAAGGAUUGCCAAUAGCAGCAGCAGUUAAAUAAUUAAACCAGUGCCAUAUCGCAGAAAAGUGUGCUACGUUUAUUUUUUUGACAAGUUAUUUUCGAGUGAAAAGCCGUGGAAAACUGUGUAGAAGCCUGCAGCAUACAACUGAAAAAGCGAAAAGCUGUAGAAAAGCAAUGCAACAACAACGACAACGAAAACAACAACAGCAAGCACAGCAGCAGCAGCAACAACAACAACAAGUGUAGUGGGUCGCACGCGCGACUUGUGUGUGUGAAUAAUGAAGAAAAAGCAGAAGCAACAACAACAGCAGCAGCAGCAGCAGCAGCAGAGGCAGAGCAAGGCGCCAUCUGAAGCGGAAUCGGAGGCAGACCGCCCCGGCAGCAACAGCAGCAGCACCAACAACAACAAGCAUUCGCCAACAGCAAGUGCAACUGCAACACCAGCAGCAGCAGCAGCAACAACCAAGCGGCGGCCAGUCAGCAGCAGCAACAACAACAGCAGCAGCAGCAGCCACAAGAACAAAAGCAAGCGCUGCAGUCGCAGUCGCAGUCGCAGCAGCAGCAGCAGCAGCAGCUGCAGUAGCAGCAGCAGCAGCAGCAGCAGCAGCAACGCUAGCGUCGGCAGCAGCAUGUCCAAAACAAGCAGCGGUAAUCCAGCAGCAGCAGCAGGUGCAACAAAUGCCGCGAAUGCCGCUGAUUUCAGUGCUUUCGAUUUUAACGAUAGUUCCGAUAACUCCGACACGCCCCUCGUGCCACGCCCACCGUUCCUGAGUCGCGCCGCUGCAACGGCCGCCGCCGCAGCAGCAGCAGCAGCGGCGGCAGCGGCGCUCAGCAUCAGCAACAACAGCAACAAUUCGGCGGGAUCAGCGGGCCAGCUGCCGCACAGCACGAGCAGCAGCAGCAACAACAACAACAACAACAACAAUGGGUCUAACUCCGUUAACAGCAACGCCAACAACAACAACAGCAACAACAAUAGCAACAACUAUGGCCACAGCAGCAGCAGCUCGCAGAGCAGCAUGGACGAAGAGGAGGACGACGAGGAGGAGGACGAAGAGGAGGAGGAGGAGCAGGAUGUGUCGCAGCAACAGCAGCAGCAACAGCAGCAGCAACUGGCGGCGGAACAGCAGCAGCGGGCUGCAGCAGCGGCAGCUGUAGUUGCAGCCGCAGUUAGUGCGCUGCACAACGGCAACAAGCAGCAGCACUACAACAACAAUAACAACAACAACAAUAACGGCAACACCAAGUCGCGGGAUCGCGGCGAUCAUCAUCUGCAGUCGCAGCAGCAGCAAUCGCAGCAAGCGCAGCAGGCGCAGGACGAUGACGACGAGGACGACGAGGAGGAUGGCGAGGAGGACGACGAGGAGGACGACGAGGAGCAGCACCACCAGCAGCAGGGCAAUGGGCAUGAUCUCACGCCCACGGACCUCCGACAUGUGAUGCCGGCGAGCAGCAACAACAUGCAGCAACAGCAUCCGCAGCAGCAGCCGGAGCCGCCAGUCUACGACGAUGAGGGUGAGGAGGAGGAUGAGGAUGACGACGACGAGGACGAGGUGGCCAGCAGUCAUCUGGACAGCCGCGCCACCCUCUCCUCCGCCCAUCUGAGCAGUGCGGCCGCCGCCGAGAGCAGCGGCCUGCACAUGAGCGUUGCAGCAGCGGCAGCCGCAGCAGCAGCAGCCGCAGCAGCCGCCUCCGCAGCCAAGCUGAACGCCCAGCUGGAGCAGCAGAGCGCCAAUGCCCUGGACAUGGCAAGCGGGAGCAGUGCCACGCCCAUUGCGCCGCCACCGCCCAGUAGUUUGCUGGGCGGCAACAGCAACACGAGCUUCUCCACGAACAACAACAGCAACCAUGCGCUCAGCUCGACGCACGGCAGCUUGGGCCCGGGCGGUCAGGGCACCAAUUGCAGCAACGACCUGAUGGCCACCGGUGGCGGCAACUCCCGCGGAGGCUCCUCCCUCAGCCUGGGCAUCAACUCGUCCAGUGCGGCGGCACUGCAGCACCAGCAUCAGCAGCAUCAGCAGCAGCAGCAGCAACAGCAGCAGCAUGGCGGCGGCAGCGGCGGCAGCGGGGGCAGCAGUGCGGCCAGCGAGCGGAGAAAGUACCGCCACCAGAACUACAGUAAAAACAUCUACAUAGGCACCAAGAACGCCGAGAAGUGGGAGCACAUGCGCACCCGGCUGCAGUUCAAGAACGAUGUGGAGUUCGUUGCCUACCUUCUGAAUCUGGCGGAUAACGACACGGAUCGCCUGAACAACCUGCCGCCGCCCUCCCCCGCGAACACGCCCACAAAAGGCUUCGACGGCAACUUCAAGCUGGAGCCGAAUCUCAGCGCCAAGGACUUUGCCGCCCCAGCGGAGUCAUCGAUCAAUGGCAGCGGCAGCGGAAAUGGGAACACGAGCGGAAACGGAAACGGUGACUCCGCCUCGGCGGCCUCCAUGCCCAUGGCCACGCCCACCCCGCCACAACGCAAGCGCUACAAGAAGCGGGUGCAAUUCACCUCGGAGGCGCUGAAUGGAUUUGCCGGCAAGUCCAAGGGAUCGGGAAGCGGCGGAGCGGGAGCCGGAUUCAGCUACGCCAAGUCCAAGAAGCAGGAGGCCAAGGCGGCGACGGCGGCACUGAAGGCCAGCGCCGCAGCGGCAGCGGCGGCAGCCGCCUCCUCCGCCCUGCCCGAGGUCCUGGACUGCCGCAUCGCCGAGAAGAUCAAGAGCGAACUGGAGGCGAACAGCAAGGAGUCCCUGCCGAAUGCCCUGUGCCUCAAAAAAGCAGCCGCUGCGGCGGCGGCAGCAGCUGCAGCGGCAGCAGCAGCAGCAGCAGCUGCAGCGGCCAAUGGCAGCGAGGAGGAGGACGAGGACGAGGACCAGCCGCCGCACCCCCACCUACUGCCAGUCCUGCCGCCCGCCGAUGCCGUGGAUGGCAUCACCGCCAGCAAUGGGCAGGCGGGCAACUUCCAUGUGCGCUCCAAGUCGCACGGCUCGAAGAAAUCUCAGGCGGCCAAGGCGGCGGCGGCGGCCAUGAUGCCACCCAACUCCUACGACGAGCACGACGACGAGACGGGUGCCGGAUUGGGCGGAAACGACGAGGACGACGAGGAUGACGAGGAGCUGGACGAGGAGGCGCUGGCCCGCGAAAUGAAAAUGGAGCAGAAUUUCGUCGAGGAGGAGGACGAGCACGACAUUGCCUUCCGGUCGCAGCAAUCCUGCCGCGAGUGCUCCAUUGCCCACGAUCACAAGCUGUGCCCGCUGCGUAAUGCCUGCGGGAACGUGACCGACGCCGUGGAUCUGGGCGAGUGGAUAGAGCGCCGGAACCUGGAGGCGCUGGCCAAACUGAAGGCCGAUGCGCAGCGGCAGGCGAAGCGGGCCAGCGGGCGACAGCGGCACGAGGACGACGACAUGGAGGACAUGGAGGACAUGGACAUGGACAUGGACGAGUCGUCGCAGCUCUCGGAGCUGGAGACCAAGCCGCUGAUCACCUUCGCCGAGGCCUCCGUUCCGGCGGAAUUCGAGCUCCACAACGUGGAGCCCAAUGUGACCGGCGUUUUUGCGCGCACCGAGGUGAGGGCAUUCACCAAGCUGGGUCCGCUGAUCGGACAGCCGGUGCAGACCGGCGAGGUGCGCGAGGGCAGCGACAUGAAGUGGAUCUUCGAGAUGUGCGAGGCCGGGGCGGACAAGUCGUAUCUGCUGUGCUGCGACAAUCCGAACGCCUCCAAUUGGCUGCGUUUCGUGCGGCCGGCUCCCAGCUACGAGGAGCGCAACGUCAACCUGGUUUCCAUCGACCGGCAGGCGUACUUCGUCAGCUGCCGCGAUCUGCGGAAUGGUAUGGAGCUGCUCUACUGGAGCGACGACUGCAACACCAUGUGGCGCAAGAAGCACACCGAAAAGACGAAUUGCGGCGGCUGCAAUCUGAAGUUCGAGCACCCCCUGUACUACCGCACCCACUGUUCCGUCUUCCACGAUCCCUCGAUGAGCCUGACCAUCCGCAAGUACCAUUGCAAGGUGUGCGGCGAACCGGUGCUGGGCAAGGACAACAUCAUGAAGCACGCGGCGGAAAAGCACGACGGCAAGGGGGCGUACCAGUGCCAAUUCUGCAGCAAGUUCUUCCUGCGGCUCAACUACCUGGAGAUGCAUCGCACCUACGGAUGCGCCUCGAAUCCGAACCGAUCGCGACCAGUGUGCGAUUUUUGCGGUCGCAAGUUCUGCCAGCCGCAGAAACUGAAGGCGCACAUUAAGCGCAUGCACAGCGGAUCGCGAGCGGCACUGCAGCGCCACUCGAAGGAGGUGCACAGCCGCAACUCGACGGUGGUGAGCUGUCCGCGGUGCCAGAAACUCUUCCAGAAUCGCAGCAAUCUCAAGAUCCACAUGCUGACCCACUCGGGCGUCAGGCCGUUCAAAUGCGCCGAGCCGGAGUGCAAUGCGGCGUUCACCACCAAGCAGUGCCUGCAGUUCCACUACAAGAAGGUGCACAACUACACCCAGGAGCAGAUGCCCAAGAUCGAGCGGAGCGUGGCCUACACCUUCGAUGCCUAUUCCGGCGGCAUGAAGGUCGAUUUUCUGGGUAAGCAGACGGCGACGGCUACGCCGGCGUCAGCGGCAUCGGCGCAGGCGCAGCCACGCCCUAAUGCGGCCGUCGUCUCCCCCUCCUCGUUCACAGAGCAAGCACCGCGCCGGCGGCGCAAGAGCCUCGAGGACCAGAGCUCCAUGCUCAGCGGAUCGCUGCAGAGCGACGCGGAGUUCAGCGAUGACAACCUAUUCGAGGCGAUUAAGAAGAGCGGCAAGUCGAUCAAGGACCUGUGUCGCAAUGAGCCCAAUCUCUCGCUGCUCAGCUCCAAGAUCUCCAGCAUAUUCGGUGACAAGGUGCCGUCGGCCACAGCCUCCCUUUCCGCAUCCGUUUCGGCUGUCGCCUCCUCGGGCGGUCGCAAGCGGAAGCGCAAGAAGGAGCCGGGCGUGGCGGCCCAGCAGCAGCUCCAUCUCCACCAGCAGCAGCAGCAGCAGCAACAGCAACAGCAGCAGCAGCAGCAACAGUCGCAGCACCAGCAACAGCACCAGCAGCAGCACGCCCAGCAGCUGCAGCACCAACAGCUGCAGCAGCAACACGCCCAGCAGCAUCAGCAGCAGCAGCAGCACCACCUACACCAGCAGCACCAGCAGCUGCAUCACGAUCCGCAGCAACAGCAUCCGCAGUACCAUCCGCACCAGCUGCACGCCCAUGCCCUGCCGCAUCAGCAGCAGCAGCAACAGCAGCAACAACAGCAGCAGCAGCAGCAGCUGCACGGCGAUCCCGACGACGAGGAGGUGGAGAACGCUCGCCUGGAGCAGGUGCGUCGCAAGCAGAACGCCCAGCUGAGCCUGGUGGAGUCCUUCCUCACCACCACCGCCCAGCGAUUGAGUGCCCAGCAGCAGGUGCAACAGGUGGUGGCGGCAGCGGCAGCGGUCUCGGCGAUGGCCGGAGCUGGCGAGGAUCCCGCCAAGCUCGGCCACAUGAUGGGCCACAUGGGCGUCGGUGUGGGCGUGGGCAUGGACGAGGAGGAGGACGACGAUGAGGACGACGACGACGGUGGCGGCGGUGGUGGCGGUGGCGGCGGCGCGGCUGUGCAACACCAUCCACACGUUCACGCCCACCAAGCCCACCACUCGCACGUCCAUGCGCACGCCCACCCGCACCACGCCCACUCGCACUCGCACGCCCACCCGCACCAGCAUCCCGCCGGCCAGGGGGCGGGCCAGCAGGACUACCGCCAUGCGGCCGCCAUGAACGCCGCUCUCGGCCAGAAUCUGGUGGUCAGCAAGGGCAGCAAGAAGUGGAUCCAGGAGGUGCAGGACUCCAGCGAUGUCGGCGGCGAGGGAGCGGGCGGUGGUGGCGGUGGCCCGGGCGACAGCGGUGGUGGCCCCGGUGGUGGUGCCUGUGGCCAGCUGACCGGUGGCUCCGGUCCAGGCCCGGAUCUGGGAUUCGCUGUGCCGCCCAGCGCCGUCGAUGAGCACAGCAAGCUGCUCGGCCAGAACCGUGACUUCCUCGCCCGCCUCAUGAGCAGCGCCAGCGCCAGCCACGCUCAUGCCCACGCCCAUGCCCAUGCCCACGCCCACCAGCCGCAUCAGCCGCACCAGCAGCACCAGCACAGCGCCCACAGCCGCGAGGAGGAUGAGAACAGCUCCUUCCUGGACGUCGUCGAGUCCAACAACAAUGCUGCGGCCGCCGCCGCCGCAGCAGCGGCCAUGUCGCACUACGGCGGCGGUACGGGCAGCGGGAGCGGGGGCGGCGGCAGUGGCGGCCAAACGCCAACGGGUCCAGCGACCGGCGGCACUGUCGCCGGUGGCGAUGAGCCCCAGAUGCAGAUGAACUCCCUCGCCCACUCGCAGUCCUUCAUGAGCUCCUUCUACAACAACGCCAAUGCCCGUGUGGGCGGAGUGGGCGGCGGCGUGGGCGUGGGCGUCGGCGGCGGCUCCUCUUCGGCCAGCAUGCUGGUGGAGGCGGCCCUCAACUCCGUUGGCAAUAUGAUUGACAGCGAGAGCAGCGACCUCAAGGUUCCCACCGACAACCACAUAAACAGCGACAGUCCCAUGAGUGCCCACGUGGAUCCCGAGUCGCAGCGAUUUGGAGCGGGCAGUGCCGGCGGAGCGGGUGGAGGAGGCGGUGGUGGCGGCGGAGGAGGAAGUAGCGGAGGAUCUUCGGGCGGCGCGAACGGAAGUGGCAUCGGUGGCGCCAUGGACAACCUGGAGAACGAGCUAAAGAUGAUGAAGAAUCUGGGCAGUUUUCCGAUGCAGAUUCCACCGCUGCCAAUGUUCCAGGGUGCAUGCAACAUAUCGCCCAGCGCCUCGACGCCGACGAAUCCGCAGAGUAACCAGAACCAGAACGAUGUGGACGUGGAUGCGGGCAGUACGCCGCGUCCGCAGCAUCCGGACUCGGAUGGCUUCUCCUCGUCGCACCACCGCACACCGCCAUCGCCACCGCCGAUAUCACCGGGUCGAGAUUACGGCGGUAUGUUCGGUGCCGGCAAUGGAGGAGGUGGUCCCGGAUCGAACAGCACUCCCGCGGGCAGCUCAAGCGGUGGCGGCGGAGGAGGAGGCGGUGGUGCCGGUGGAGGCGGCGCCAACAGCAUGUCCGCCUCAUCGCCACUGCCCGCCCUCCAGCCGCAGAGGAGGAACGCCUCCAGCGUGGGCAGCACCUAUCCGGAGCAUGAGCUCAUCUCGCCCGCCUCCUCGCCGAGCAUACCGCGCUACAACUUCAACGGCGACAUGAUGCGCCACAAGCGGGCGGUCCAGGAGCAGGAGCACCAGGAGCGCCAGCGGCAGAACAUCUCGCGGCACAACCAGAUGUCCAGCGACGAGGAGAACAGCAUAAUGCCACAGAACAGCGCUGGCCAGGACAUGCGCAUGAAGUUCCCGCAGUCGCAGAUCGACCUGAUGUACUCCAAGUACGAGAGCAUGGCCAGCAACCUAAAGUACAACAGCCAGGAGCUGGACUCGCCGGCGGAGUACCGCCAGGGAGGCGCCGGCAACGGUGGCAAUGCGGCAGCAAGCGCAGCAGCGGCUGCAGCAGCGGCGGCCAGUGCCGCCAACGAUCUGUCCGACCUCCAGGGACUGGACAUGAGCUCCAGAUCGAAUGCGGCCAGCAGCAAUUACCAUCACAACUUCCAGUUGCCGAGCAGUCGGUAUCACCACCACAUCUACGACAUACUCUCCGAUCGCGAGCAGCAGAGCCAGCAGGCUCAGCAGGCGGGCGGUGCGGUGGUGGGCGGCGGUGGGGGCGGUGGUGCCGGUGGCGCCGCCUCGGUGGUGCACCAGCAGGAGCACGGCCAUGGCCAGCACCAUGCCAUGCAGCAGCACCAGCAGUCGGCGGCCGCCAUGCACAACAUGCUCAGCGAGCAGCUGGGCGAGCAGGAGCACGACCAGACCACAUCGGUGGAUCUGAGCCGGACGGCCAACUAUGUGGUGUCGUCGCCGCCGCAGCUUCCCUACAACCAUCCCACGCAUCACGAUAUGCUGCGCAUGGCCUCGCUGGAUCUGACACCGAAUACGGCCAACAUGGCGGUGGGCAACAAUCGCUCCUUCCUCUCAUCGCAGAUGCAGCACCAGAGUCGCGAGAGUUUGGAGCACCAUCGACUGCUGUCGACGGUGGAGCAGCAUCGCAUACUGGCCGCCUCCAAUGCGGCCGAUCAGCACCGCCUGCUGGUGGAUCCCACCGCCCAUCUGCUGAUGGAGCAAAACAACCGAUUGCUGGGAACGGCGGAUCAGUCACGCCUACUGGGCGAAUCGGCGGCGGCAGCGGCCCAAAAUCGCCACAUGGCCAGGAGUUUUGGUGCCUACCAUCAGGUGGCGUCGAGUAACUACCAUCCGGGCGUUAGGCCACCGCCCGUCCUGCCAUCCGCCAACCACCACGCCUCCAAUCCGUCGAACUACCACCCCUUCCCUGCCUACUACUAAUCGAGAAUCGGGAACGGGAACGGGGACGUUCGGAUUAAAGUGCACUUUGUGGGCUCCAAGUGGAGGACAUCCUGAACCGCGUCGACGAAAAACAGUAGUUUAAUUUAAAGUUUGUUUUUUC